UGUAGACAUGCUGGCUGGUCCGGGUGUUCUGUCUGCUGUGUAGUCUGGGGGGGAUCGAUAUGGCGAGCCCUGGGAAGGUGGCCAACUUGUGGAACAGGAGGCAGAGUCUCUUCCCCAACUACAAAGUCACAGAUUCGGAAAUUAAUCGAAGACCCUCAGAAAUUGCUUAUCCACUAGCCAAGGAAAGCUGCGUGAAGACAUGGAACUCCAUGCAGGACCUGAGCAGGGAUAUCUAUGACAUCUAUGCUGAGUAUGAAGACGAAGAGGACGACAAUGCUCCACAUGGCCUCUCCAAGCAUAUUUUACCCUCCAAGAAGAACUAUAUGAUCAACAUCAAUGUAGGGGGGAAGCCCUACCAGAUAGCCUACAAGACGGCUGCCAAGUAUCCCAAGACCAGAAUAGGACGACUGGCCACCUACACGGACCACAACAUGAAACUGGACCUUUGCGAUGACUACAUCGUGACCAACAAUGAAUACUUCUUUGACAGGGACCCAGAUGUCUUCCACAGCAUAUUUAACUUCUACAGGACUGGUGUGCUGUGGAUCAAGGAUGAGUUGUGUCCCCGCAACUUCCUGGAGGAGAUCAAUUACUGGGGUGUGAGGAUCAAGAACACCCACCGCUGCUGCCGCAUCUCCUUUGAGGAAAGGCAGGAUGAGCUGAACGAUCAGUUGAAGAUUCAGAGGGAGCUGGAGGCAGAGGUGGAGAUUGAGGAGAAUGAAGAGCUCUUUCAUGACAUGUUCAUGGGCCAGCAGCGGAGAGCUAUCUGGAACUUGAUGGAGAAGCCAUUUUCAUCUGUCAAGGCCAAGCUGAUGGCGGUGGCCUCCAGCCUGUUUGUCUUAGUCUCCCUGGUGGCCAUGACUCUCAACACAGUGCAGGAGAUGCAAUACAGAACUCCCACAGGUCAGCUCAGUGGUAAGACAUACUGGGAAUAUGUGGAGUCCAUGUGCAUCGCCUUCUUCACCAUGGAGUACCUGCUCCGUCUGGUGUCCACUCCUGACCUUAAGUCCUUCGGAAGGAGCGUCCUCAACACUGUGGACCUGAUUGCCAUCCUGCCUCAGUAUCUGCAGGCCAUCCUGGAGUUCUUUGACAGUGAGGAAAACUACCUGAAGCAUGAGGCUGACAUAAAGGCAGUGGGGCAGGUGGGAAAGCUGGGCCAAGUGUUGCGCAUCAUGAGAUUGAUGCGAAUCUUUCGUAUCUUGAAGCUGGCACGACACUCCACAGGUCUCCGGGCGUUUGGCUUCACUCUGCGUCAAUGCUACCAGCAAGUGGGCUGCCUUUUCCUGUUUAUCGCCAUGGGCAUCUUCAGCUUCUCCGCCAUGGUUUACACUGUGGAGCAUGACAUGCCACAAACAAACUUCACCAGCAUUCCUCAUGCAUGGUGGUGGGCAGCUGUCAGUAUCUCCACUGUGGGCUAUGGAGACGUCUACCCAGAGACCGUACUGGGUCGUAUCUUUGCUUUCAUCUGCAUCUCUUUUGGAAUCAUCCUCAACGGGCUGCCCAUAUCCAUCCUCUUCAACAAGUUCUCAGACUAUUACUCUAAACUCAAGUCCAAUCAGUACACAGCUGCCCUGAAGAAUCGAGGGAAGGUGAGAUUUGCCAAGAGGACAGUGAAAAGGUUGAACAGCUUAUUUGAUAACCGCAAUUGACAUGAACACUGAUUUCUUAUGCGACUUUGUAAUGCUUUCCUUUAUAAAUAAACAGCCUAAUAUGCUUGACUGUAAACUGUGCAAAAACAAACUAUGUGUGAUGAGGAUGAAAAGGUGGAGCAGGGACAAAAGAUGAGGGUUCAAUCCACAGUCGCACAUCUGGCCAUGCAUAACAAUACAUUGGCAGCUUUUGUGUUAGGAAGCCGGUGAGGGAUCACACAAGCAUGUGGGUAUUAACACCCUAUCCGUCCUAAUUAGUACUGAACACAAUGUGUGUGUGUGUGUGUGUGUGUGUGUGUGUGUGUGUGUGUGUGUGUGUUUGUGGUGGGUGGGGGUUAUAUUUUAUAACCAUCAUUUUAUACUAAAUUUCUCAGUCAAAAAUGAGAAAUACAAAAAUUAAAGAAAUAUCCCAAA